AAAAAAUGUAUUUGUAUUGAUGAGAGUGUUUUUGAUAAAAUACAAACCUACUUAAAGUCAUAUUACUUGGGAACACCAGCUAUUGUUAUUAGCCCGCCAGAACGAGCUACAAGCCAUACCGUUCUAGGCCCAAUGUCAGCCUGCGGAGUCAUAAACAUGAAAUUUAGGUGCCUAUGA